AUGCUCUGUGUAGGGUCAAGGAGCAGAACAACGAUAGGAGGGAGUACUGAUGAUAUUUACCUGCGUAGGAUUAAGGAGAAGAACGACGAGAAUAAAUGGCAUGCAUAUGUAAAAACUUUCGAUUCUUCUAUUCCUACAGGAAUUUUACUACCACACGAAUCCAAGAAGACUAAGAAGUCAAAUAAAGAUGAGCCUACUUCUCCUACGAAGAAAGCGAAGAGUUCAACCUCAUCCAAAUCAACAAUGCAGAAACCAGAAAUUGUUGCUAUGACAAUCGAAGCAACAACAAUGAUUACACCAGUUGUGGAAGAGUCACAAGAAAAUGUGGUGAUUCCUUCGAAAACAGGGAUGUUUCGAAGAAUCAAGAUGAAAUCCAAGCACAAAUGCAAAUCUUCAUCUAAGAAACUGUUUCGCAAACGUCAAAUUUCUCAUCAAGGGGUAAUGUUUCGUGAGGUUCCUCUUCCUGUUUCUCCUGCAUCCAAGAAAAGGGCAGUCGAAGAUAUGGCGAAACAUUUAUCUCAACCAACAAAGAAGAAGACGAAGAAGGCUAGGAAGAUUGUUUUAUCCAGCGAGUCUACUGAAGAGGAUGAACGAGUACCAGAUACUCCUUAA